AUGAAAGGGUACUCUGGCCAAUACGAUUCAUUUACGAUUAAUGUCUUAAUAUUCAAAAAGACAAAUAUUCGAUCAAAUUUAAUUCUAAAACAAGAGUUAGACAAACCUAGCAAUGCAAUCUUUAUAUAUAUUUCAAAUUUCUACCUUUUUUUAUUUAUUUUCGAAAAAACCCUCUUCGAAAUAGCUGGUGCUAUUCUUCAAAAAAGUAUGCACCUCUUGAAGAGAUUGACAUAUAUUCAUAUAGAGUCCAGGGCCUUGACAAAAAAUUCCCAACCAAGUGGAUCAUUUUCCACUUCUGGUUACUUGAUCAAAGAUCCUGACUUGACAUUGUAA